AUGGGGCGCAAGAAGCUUGCGAUGAGGCGCAUUGAAAAUGCCGCAGCUCGUCAAGUGACUUACGCGAAGCGUAAGGAUGGAAUCGUGAAGAAGGCGAAGGAGCUAUCUGUAUUGUGCGAUACGGAUGUUGCCCUAAUCAUGUUUUCGCCAACCGGACGACUCACAACUUUUUCUAGUGACGGAAGCAGGAUUGAGGAUAUCUUCCUACGUUUUGUUGACAGACCUGAUGAACUAAGAGGAGGGUAUGUUUGCAUUAAUUUAUUUAUUUUUCAUCUUAUUGAUCUUGAAGAAAAAUUGGAUAAACUCAAUAGGAGACAGCGCGAGUCACAGGAGAAAAUGAGGUAUUACGAACCUAAUUUAGAGAAGAUUAAUUCAGCUCUUGAAGCUGGCGUUUACCAGCAGUUCCUUACAAGCUCCAUUCAACGUAUACAAUUGUCAAAGGCCAAAUUGCUAGGCAACCAACAUGUUCCCGAAAGAACUGAAAAUAUUGAGAUGGGCUGCAAAUUACAGGGAUCAACAGCUCUAAUGGAUGAUGCAACUUCUGUAACUGAUAACUCCAUUGAUGGGAGCCACCAAAAUGGGGUCAACUCAUUGACCAACGAAGGUCAAAGUGGAAAAAGUCAACCUAAGGGACCUCAUCUAAGUCUUAGUUUUAUUGAAGCUCAAAGACAAUGGAAUAAGAUAAGCAAUGACGUGAAAGCUCCAAAUUUUAAUGACAACUAUUGA